AGCGGCCUCUGGUAACUCCACUUGCUCCAAAGGCCACUAUCCUCUGUGAAUGCGAACAGACCAAGCCAGUGAUCCCCCUGACUUUGUGAUUGGAGGGAGAUUACGCUUCAUUCUGAAUCAUCACACGACGGCUGAGCAUGCGGUGUCUACUACAUGCCAAGGCGGUGCUAGGGCCGGGGCGGGGGAUGUUCUGCUUCAGGGCAGCAGCAACGGUGAAUGCUGCUCCCACCCGUGUGCCCCUGCAGGAGGUGCCGGGCCCCAAAUGCUACCCGGUCGUGGGCACCCUCUUCGAUAUGAUCUUCGAUAAAGAUUUUGACAAAGCUCAGAUACAUCAUUAUUUCAAGAAGCUUUUCUUGAGAUAUGGGCCAGUUGUACGCAUCAAGAUCCCAGGCCAGCCCACCCUCGUGAUGCUCCAAAACCCUGAAGACAUCAAGACUAUACUCAACGCGACCAUGAUCAACCCUUACAGAGAGCCUAUAGGGUGCAUCAGGAAAAUCAGAUACGAUGAUGACUAUUAUGAAAAAAAAUGUGGACUUGUAGCUGAGUAGUGGCUGCCCUCCGGUGCUCCUCCUAUUGACAAGUGUCGCUGAAGUUAAGGUUGAUCGAACAUCCGGACAGCAUGUGAAGUUAAGGUUGAUCGAACAUCCGGACAGCAUGUGAAGUUAAGUUUGAUCGAACAUCCGGACAGCAUGUGAAGUUAAGGUUGAUCGAACAUCCGGACAGCAUGUGAAGUUAAGGUUGAUCGAACAUCCGGACAGCAUGUGAAGUUAAGGUUGAUCGAACAUCCGGACAGCAUGUGAAGUUAAGGUUGAUCGAACAUCCGGACAGCAUGUGAAGUUAAGGUUGAUCGAACAUCCGGACACCAUGUGAAGUUAAGGUUGAUCGAACAUCCGGACAGCAUGUGAAGUUAAGGUUGAUCGAACAUCCGGACAGCAUGUGGGUAAUCUUCCGCCAUGACUUGAAAAAUCAGUGUGUUUCGGUGGAGACUCGAACGUAGUCCACGCUAGGCCCUCGGGCACACCACGCCAGGGCGCUAACCACUCGGCCACCGCCUUCCCUCUCUUGGUAAUCUUUCAGUUUAGUAGUGACCUGCCAGACACGAAAAGCCCCCAAAAUUCAGUAAUCUGUGGCAUACCUCUUUGGCGGAUUUGGUAGGGUUGACUUCCCGUCUAGCAGGUCGUGGGUUCAGUACCCGGCAUGGUAAAUUCAUUUCCCCCUUUCCAGACUAGAUCAAUUUCUCGUUAGUUUCGAGACAAUCUGAUGAUGUGUAAUUAAGUAGAUAUUUAAGAUGGGAAGUGCCCCCCAUGACAAUAUUGUUUACGAUAUGAUUCUAUUUAUGUGGGGACCAUACUACUACAGGACAGGAGAGCUCCCCUACCCCGAAAGCACCCACCCCUUUCUCUAGGGGACCGUCAAGGUAGUGCAGACGAGACACGAACUCGUCAAGCCUGACCCGGGGUUAAUCUCCGGCGGGCUCAGUGUGGGUGCCUGGAACAUCUUGAGGCUCUCGGAUGAUCAGCGACUACCCUAUCUAUCAGCUGAGCUCAGGAGGCUGAGAGUGGACAUAGUGGGGUUCUCUGAGACGAAGAAACCUGGCAGUGGAGAUAUCAGUAUGGAGAAUUAUACCUUUUACCUUGGGUCAGGCCAGAGCAAUGGUGCUCGUUGCAAGGGAGUAGCUGUAGCCAUUUGUAGCCAACUACAGUCCUCUGUCGAUGGGGUUACUCCGGCUGAUGAACGUAUGAUGCUAAUGAGGUGAAGCACACCUUGGGACUUGGGGAGAAAAAAAUGUUCUACGCCAAGCUCCCCCAUGAGACACACUAAUUGUCGUGAACGACUUCAGUGCAGUUACCGGCACAGAGGAAGAUGACUAGGAGUUAUGUAUUGGUCCCCAUUGCUCUGGCACCAGAAACGUAAACAUUUCACUCCUGAACUUUGCAAAGCCAAGGAUGGUGAGGAUUGCUGGUUCCAAGUUGCAGAGACGAUAGCCUCGCCGCUGGGCUUGGUAUAGCAAUGCUGGUGGUGUGGCAAAGGAGAUCAAUCACAACCUUGUUAGUACUCGUUGGAGGAUCUCUCAGAACUGUAGGGUUUUCCGGAGUACCGAGUUAUUUGCGACCGACCAUAGACUUGUUGCAAAGCUGAGGAUACGCAUCAGGUCCAAAGCAUUCUCAAGAUGCAACCCGCCACAGUUCCAUCCUGAGAAACUGAAGGACCUGGCGUGUAGGCCUACUCAGGAGUAUGCAGAGGCAGUUUCCAGUCGGUUUGAAGUGCUUGGUACUUUGGAGGACCCUGGGGAGUUGUGGGAUACUUUUAUCGCACCAUUGGUAUAGGAGUAAGGUAGGAAUAAAACCUGUAUCGUUGACUCGAUAAUGUAUUCGGUCAAACCUGUUGUUAAACAAAAAACAGACACUUCAGAAUCACAAAUAUAAAGCUCAGUCAAUUACAUUUAAGCAAUAAAUCAUCAUUGAAUUAUUCAACUCCUACAGAGUAUGACAAUGACUCAGAAGUACAUACAGUGCAGUUCACGUUUUCGGGGUAUUUUGGUCUCUGUCGUGGUUUGUGGCCUCGCCUCCUUCGAGGGCAGUAAGACGGCAGUCCUCACUCCAUCACAAUAGAGCUUCUGCCUUGUCUCCUCUCCACAGUCCUAGGCUCCCCCUAUCACUCAUAGUUGAUUCAUCAAAAGGACGAUCUGCACGUGUGGGGUUGUAAACUUGCAUGGCCUUUUUCCCUGCGCCUGCGGGAUCGUUAAUCUAUCCCUCACCGAACUACUGGUGUGACACUUUUGCUCUGUAAACACCCAGCAGCCGAACCACACCACAACACCACAGUUCUCCGUUUCCCAUUUUCACUUCCUCCACACACUCCUUCCUUUACCCCUUCACUUACCCGUUUCGCGAUUUUGGCAAUAACAGAUACCUUUAAAUGUGAAAAUCUCAAAGCUGCCGAGUAGUGUACGUAUUGGAGAGUGCCCAAGAUCUAGGAGUGGCGUUGCAUCGAGGGAGACACUGGAGAAUAUAGAAAAGAGUCGUGCUGUCAGGCUGGAUGGGGACUCGAGCGAUACAGGACUCUAUCACGAAGGACCAGAACCCUUCUGAGGAGGGAUGAUGAGAAGUACGUCAAAGGUAUCGCUGAGGAUGUCGAUGGUUGAUUAAAAGCGAAGGACCUUCGACCUGCCUUUCGAGCUCUGAAGAAGCCCCGCUCCAUAUCUCGUCUCAGAUUAAUACUAUCCGAACGGCUGAUGGGCAGAUAGUAUAGAUGCGGAUGGGUGCCUGGCUCGUUGGGCCGAGUACUUUGUGCAGCUGUAAACGGCAAUUAAAGCCCCCAAGCGGACAGCUCCCUCUGGUUGGGUUGCAGAUGGCGGCUGCUGAAACUUCACCCUCUCUUGCGGAAGUGAGGGAGGCUGUGAAGUUGAAGGGUGGAAAGGCAGCUGGGAUCUAUAAUUUUAGCGCAGAGUGUUGAAAGCUGGAGGUGAACUUAUGAUUCGGGGGUUGCAUGCGGUGCUGAAUGCCAUAUGGCAGUCCUGUGCCAUUUCUCUUGACUGGAAAAGGGUACUGGUUGCCCCUAUAGUUAGCCAUUAGCCCACGCAUGUGAGACCAGGUCCACCACGCGUGGUUAUUAUUUUUUUUAGAACACACACCUUUACCAAAUACUAUACCCGGCCCAAACCUUCACAAAAGCCUUUGGGUAAAGGUUCUUGUUCUAAAAAAAAAAAAUAACCACGCGUGGUGGACCUGGUCUCACAUGCGUGGGCUAAUGGCUAACUAAGCAUACCAUCGCUAACCUAGCGUACCACCACUAACCGGAUCGUUGGUAACACUGCUCACAUCGCAAUGGCGUCGCCAUGUAAACACAGCGCGCAUAUGUAUAAUAUGCCUUUUCACUACCUUUACCACUUUUUCAUUACUUUUAAGUUUUUCCGCCUUCAUAUUAUGGUUAAGGGACAUGUAUUUCGUCCCUUAAGUACAAUAUGGAGGCGUAAUAUCGUAUUUUGGAGGCGCGGAGUGAUUUUCAAUAAUUACCAAAACACCAACUUUUCAAAAAUCGCUAGCAGCGAUUCUAUCAAUUUGCGGGGUUCAAAAUGCAUAGAAUUAUGAAAUCUAACCCAUGUUUAGGGUGAGAAGUAUCGCAGUGAGAUGGGCAACUCUCUGGACAUUUACCGACUGUUGUAGCUAAAGAACCUUUUUAUUCACCUUCAUCUCACUUAUCAAAAAUACAGUGUAACCUCGAUUGUCGAACGACUCGCAUCUCGAACAAAUUGCUUCACGAAUAUAUUUGCCGAACAGACAAAGCACCGGCUUCCGAACAAAAUUCGCGGUUCCCGAACAGGCAAGCCGGCAACCAAGUGGUCCACGGGCUGAGGUCGGUAAGAUGUAAAGCGGGAGACAGUUAGUAACUGAACUAGUGUUUUUCAGGAAUGGGGAGGAAUGGUAUCGGGUGUCAUCACUGCUACGGCCCAAGGUUUUGCGGAUGGACAAUUUGCACCCUUACUUGCCUCAGAUGGAUCAGGUGACUCUUGACUUCUUGAACAGAAUCUCCUCACUUCGAGACACCCGUGGAGAAAUUACUGUUGACUUUAAAGAUGAACUGGAACGGUGGGCCUUAGAAUGUGUGUGCUUGAUCUCCAUGAACCAACGACUUGGCUGCUUGGAGCCUUCCCUCAAGAGUGGCUCUGAACAAGAGCUCAUUUGGCAUGCAGCUAAAAAUUUAUUUCCUUAUGUGGAAGAGUGUGAGACAGGUUCAAAGCUGUGGAAGUUUUACCCAAACAAACCAUAUAAGCAAGUCCAGCAUUGCAUGGAAAAGCUUAAAGAAACAAGUGAAGCUGUUUUGAAGGAAGCAGAAUUGGAAAUGAAGUUGAAACUAGAGAAGGACCCAAAUGCAAGACUGUCCAUGUUAGAGCAGUGCCUAGUUCAGCCAGGCCUCACACGUAAAGAUAUCGUCAUGUUUAUGAUAGACCUUAUCGCAGGAGGCACAGAUACGGUGGCAAAUAUGGCUGGUGUUAUCUUGUACCUGCUGGCUAAGAACCCGGAAGUCCAGGCAAAGCUUCAGGAAGAAGUGGACAAGGUGUUGGGGGAUGAUACUGGACCUCUUACCCAAAGACACCUGGAUCAGCUCUCUUAUUUGAAAGCAGUAGUCAAGGAAGCCAAUCGUGUUCUGCCCAUUUUGCUUGGCCCAGUGCGUACUCUCCAAGAAGAUGUAAGGCUGGGGAACUUUCUCCUCCACAAAGGGUGGAUGCUGUUGCUUAUGAGUGCCUUCUCUGGCUGGGAUGCUAAAGAGAUUCAGCAUCCCCAGGACUUCCUCCCUGAGCGAUGGCUACGUCAUCGACCCUAUGGAAGCAUUCACCCUUGUGCCUCCAUACCUUUUUCCUUUGGCUCCCGGAUGUGUAUUGGUCGACGGAUCGCAGAGCAAGAGAUCUAUAUCUUUCUGGCCAGGAUGUUUCAGCGUUACACUCUGGAGUGGAAAUAUGGGGAACUAGAGCGGACCCUCAAACAGCUGUUCUCACCAAAAGGUCCUCUAAAGUUUACCUUCAUGGACAGGUGAAACAUCAACAUCAAAUCUCCAACAUCAUUAUGAUGAUGAAAUGGAUUUAAUCAUCUAAAGAAAUAUAUUAGUAAUAUAUAUGAUAUACAAAAUAAUAUACAAUAUUGUGAAAUAUACUCACUUGUUCCCACUGAUGGGAUCCUUUGGUACUUGCAGUGAGAGGAAAACAAUGGUUCAACUAUAAUCCUGCUUUCUGCUACUGCAGCUCCUGAAAUUAUUUAUCAUAAAUAUUAGUUCACAAAUUAGAGUGGUUAUUGAAAAGCAAUAAUUGAACAGAACCGUUCAAAUUUCACCAAUAAAAAAAAAUCAAGGAUAUCUGGAUGAAUCAGGGCAUAUUCCUCCUAUUCAUCCCCCAUCUUACUUUACAAUGCUUGUUAAGAUUCUUAAGAAUGAUUGUUUCUGUGCCCUCUCUGGCUUGAUUACAGAUUUUAAAAAGUUUCUUCUUACAUGAAUGAUGAAACCAUUAUUGUUUUCAGUAUACAAUGCAUACUAAAAUGUUGGACAAUAGUGUGUGGAAAUAGGAUAGAAAAAACUUUUAAAAACACACCAAGAAUGAGGAAAAGUUUCCCCUAGAAAAUCUUCGUGGCCACUUAAAUUGUGCAUAAAUUGAACCUAACGGUUUUGACAAGUAAAUAUGAGUGCAGUAGCCUACCUUGUAAGCCACUGUUUUCAGCUAACGUCCUCUUUGUCAUUACUCUGUAUUGGUUAGUGUCACUUUUUUUUUUUUUUCUAUAAGCGGAUUUUUUUUUAUGUGAUGCACAUGGCUUAUCAAGAUGAGCACAAACAUUAAGUCCCUGAAAUCUUAUUUUCUUGAUCAUAAAAAAUACAAAAAAAUGUAAAUAUUUUUGUUUUGAUCGUUGUUACCCCUCGUGUUGGGGGGCUCCCGUGGUCCCGUGGUAGAGUUUCCGCCUCGCGCUUCGGCGGGAUGCUAGAGCAUGAGUUCGAGACCUAUCCGGUGCCAUGGAGGUGGAAAGGUGGGCUCUUUCCGACACCCUCAGCCCCGUUGUUGAGCCUCCUCCUUGAAAUGAAUUGGGUAUCUCUCUACCGGCCGUCUGGGGGGUUGCGCAGCAUGCACCGCCUUCCUCCAUUGAGGACUUGGGGUAUAUCCCCCCCCCCCCAAAAAAAAAGGGGUAUAUCCCCCCCCCCCCAAGAAAAAAAAAGUGUUACUGCUUAUUAAGUAGCAGGUAAAAUUCGAAAUCUGGGUGACAUUCAUCAUCCUGUCCCAGCACUGUUUUGAGGCAAAACUUGCCACAACUGCAGGCUGCAGCUAUGCCCAAGGAUUCCAGCGUAUAAGGAUCGAUGGGCGACCUGCUAAUGUUAAGUUUUAAGCUUGAAUGACACUAGUGGUGCCAUCUAUGGGUCAUGAGAGAAACCAAGCGGUGAAGACGUAAUUUUGUAGGUGUAACUAAAUAUUAUUAUUUGACAUUAUUUCUGCAUAUUUCAUUUCCGUUAAUUAAAUAUGAGGGAUACGUUUGUGACAUAUUAUUUUUAUUAAUUAUUUAUAGGAAAUUUUUGAUGUGCUUGUGGCAAGAAAACUCCAGCCUUGGACUAUAUGCCAUCAUUUUGAUAAAAUCCACUAUUCAUUUUUUUUUAUUUUGUAGGCAGGUGGUCGAAUAGACAAGAGAUGUACUAUAUGAAAAGCAGCUGGUGCAUGUUGUUACGGACUAUAUUUUUUUAAAGUUAGUUUUGAAUAUUGACACUGGGGGGCUCCCGUGGUCUCGUGGUAGUCUCUCGAUCCACCUUGCGCUCCGGCGGGGUGCUGGAAGCGUGUGGGUUCGAGACCUGCCCAGUGCCAUGAGAGUGGAAAGGUGGGCCUCCUUGAAAGAAUUGGGCAUCUCUCCACCCGCCUGGGCGCUGGGCACCUGUACAGGCAGUGGCGUAACAGACUGACUGGAGGCCCCUGGACAAACUUUUGUUCGUGAAAUUUUGCCGGAGGCGGCCGGUAAGCGAAGCAGCGCCGUGGCCCGCGGGCUGGUAGUAGGCAAAAAAAAAAAAAAAAAGAA